GCGCCGCGGCCUUUUGCGUCUCUCCGUCGACGCACUUUACGGCCGCCCCCUCAAUCCCGCGGUGGGAAUACGGCGCGCUCGGCCGGCGCGCUCCGCAGGCACCACCCUACUCCACGCCGAUUGGGUGAGAGCCCCUGGGCUCCGCUGUGAUUGGCCGGAGUCUCCGUCAGUCCCUUUCAGGCUAGUGGCGCGCGGCGGGCCGCCGACGGGAGCGCGAGCGGCUGUGCAGCGGCGGAAGUGUCUCCAUAGGAAGAUGCUCCCCUUGUCACUGCUGAAGACAGCGCAGAAUCACCCCAUGCUGGUGGAGCUGAAGAACGGGGAGACCUACAAUGGGCACCUGGUGAGCUGCGACAACUGGAUGAACAUCAACCUCCGAGAGGUGAUCUGCACGUCACGGGAUGGCGACAAGUUCUGGCGGAUGCCCGAGUGCUACAUCCGUGGCAGCACCAUCAAGUACCUGCGUAUCCCUGAUGAGAUCAUCGACAUGGUGCGGGAGGAGGCUGCCAAGGGUCGAGGGCGAGGGGGACCGCAGCAGCAGAAACAGCAGAAAGGCCGAGGCAUGGGUGGUGCUGGCCGAGGUGUGUUUGGUGGCCGGGGCCGGGGUGGCAUCCCGGGUGCGGGCCGUGGUCAGCCCGAGAAGAAACCAGGACGGCAAGCGGGCAAGCAGUGAAUGGGCAUAGCCCAAGCAGAGCCCAGGACGGUGGGCUAGCCUCUGGGCGCCUUUGCGUGAAGCCCCUGACUGCCACUGGCUCAGUUUCUGGAAGGUUCCAAGUCAGAGGCACCUCUGAAGCCCUGGAUGUUCUUUGAAGGGCCGGCUUUUUCCAGGCUUGUUUUGAGUUUCAUGUUGGAGCCACAGGUCAGCACGUGUCGGGCUGGCCUGUCCCUCCCCAGUGGACCCCUUACCUCUUGUUAUGAAAAUAAAGGCGAGCAUCACAGACA